UUGGUUCUUACAUAAGACUGAGUGGACAGCCAGUGUGGAGGCAAGCCAUGUCUCUUCAUAAUAGUCAUUUUAGUUUCUCAUGAGAACCAUACUACAAAAAACACAAAAUUCUGUCCUUACCGUUAUCCCUCUGUGUGCUGGUUAAUACUGAGUGUCAACUUGAUUGGAUUGAAAGAUGCAGGGUGUUGAUCUUGGGUGUGUCUGUGGGGUGUUACCAAAGGAGAUUAGUGUUUGAGUCAGUGGGCUUCAAAAGGCAGACACACCCUUAAUCUUGUGGGCACAAUCUAAUCAGCUGCCAGUGAAUAUAAAGCAGGGAGAGAAACGUGAAAAACUGAGACAGGCCUAUCCUCCCAGUCUGCAUCUUUCUCCCGUGCUGGAUGCUUCCUGCCCCUGAACAUCAGACUCCAAGUUCUUCAGUUUUGGGAUUCUGACUCUCCUUGCUUCUCAGCUUGCAGACAGCCUAUUAUGGGAUCUUAUGAUCGUGCUUUCUUAGUUAAGCUGUCUUCCUGAGUUUGUUUGGAGCCACCGCGUCAUGGAUAAAGAACUCCCUAAAGCCGCUCCCAGAGAGAGCACACUGAACAUCAAGGAGCCUGACAAAGCCUUCAAAUGCAAGAAGCCCACCAAAAACGUGCUGAUCUUUUUAAUCGACAGACAACGGGGCAGGCCCAGAAAUGACAUCGACCUGUCAAGGUGGAUAUGGAUGCUGUCAUAAAGCAACUCCAGGGUGAAAAUGGCCUUGGACAAAAAAUCGUGGGGCUUAUGUGCUGAGACCUGCCCAAAAUAAACAUAAUCAGAACAAUAAAGUCAUCCCAUGU